UGAACUAAUGGUCCUGAUGCUUGUGCAAGUCACGUGAUUCUCAUGCUAGCUACGUUAGCUCCAUGUGGUCACACAGGCAAGAACUGAUACACCAUUUAUAGUGCAUUUUAUUUUAUUUUUUCCUCAAUUCAGCCUUUCAACAGUGCUCUGAUAAUUAAUUCUUCAUCAAAGUGUUUGAAAAUAUGAAUUCAAUUAUUUCAACUCAGAAUAGUGAAACAAUACAAAGGUCUCCUACUGAGGAAACUGUGGUUGAAGGGGAAGAUAUAAUCAGCAAGUUGCAUGAAAGCAUUCUUGGUCAAAUCUUGUCUUUUCUUCCAACUAUUGAGGCAGUCCGCACUAGUGUGCUAUCAAAAAGGUGGAUUCAUGUUUGGAAAUCCAUCACAGGCAUACAAUUUAACGAUGCUUUGCACUGUUUUGGGAAGAAGAUGCCAAAAGAACAAUUUGUGUGCUCUGUAAAUAGGGUGGUUCUUCACUUUGCCAAUUCAAUUGUCAAAAGCUUCUCUCUUUGUUUAACAAGUUAUCAUUAUGAUUCAUCCCUGGUAAGUUCAUGGAUCUCCUCUAUCUUGGAAAAGAGUGUUCAAAAACUUCAUAUUCAGUAUGCUGAUAAAAUCCUCUUUCCUUCCCAAACCCUCUUUAGUUGCAGCUCUCUAUUACAAUUGGUGCUUCAAAUGAGAUGUACUCUUAGUGUUCCAAUCUUUGCUUCUCUCCCAAACCUUCAAAGUCUUAGCCUUUCUGGUAUCAGGUUAGUGAGUGAAUCCUCCAAUUACUCAGAAGAUAUAAUUCUUAGAUUCCCACUUCUCAAAGUGUUUGAAGCCAGAGGAUGUGAGUGGCAAACUAAGCAGAACAUUAGUAUAGAAGCACCUCUACUUGAAAGGUUUUCUGUAGCAUCAUGGAGAUCUGUGUCAAAUGAAUCACAUAAAUCUUCCAUAAAGAUUGUUGCUCCCUAUCUAGCAGAUUUCUCUUAUGAGGGUGAUCUUGAGCAGGAUAUCAUUCUAUUGAAUUCUUCAUCAGUUCAUAGUGUCAACAGAAUGAAUGGCAAAAGAUAUGCAAUUAUAUAUUUAUUUAUAACGAUUAUUCUCUUUAAUUAGGAUAAUUAGUCGUAAAUGUAUAUAUGGCAGUUUAGCUUA